CGCAUUUUCUUGCACCGAGUAAUGUGGUGUCGCUGGCGGCUGAGGGCGGAGAGUUCUGUGGUGAAGAGAGGGGAGGGAUUCUUGUGGGCGUCGGGAGGAGUCUUGGUGCGAACUACGAAGUGGGAAGCUGACGCUGGGUAGUGCUGCUCCCGGACCCGCGGCGCGAAAGUCGUGAUAUCAUCGUUGAAUCAUCAGCUUUGAAAUUUAAAAACAAUGGAGAAAACUCAAGAAACAGUCCAAAGAAUUCUUCUAGAACCCUACAAGUACUUACUUCAAUUACCAGGUAAACAAGUGAGAACCAAACUUUCACAGGCAUUUAAUCAUUGGUUGAAAGUUCCAGAAGACAAGCUACAGAUUAUCAUUGAAGUGACGGAAAUGUUGCAUAAUGCCAGUUUACUAAUCGAUGACAUCGAAGACAACUCAAAACUCCGACGUGGCUUUCCAGUGGCACACAGCAUCUAUGGAAUUCCAUCUGUCAUCAAUUCUGCCAAUUAUGUAUAUUUCCUUGGCUUAGAAAAAGUCUUAACCCUUGAUCACCCAGAGGCAGUGAAGCUCUUUACCCGCCAGCUUUUGGAACUCCAUCAGGGACAAGGCCUAGAUAUUUACUGGAGGGAUAAUUACACGUGUCCCACUGAAGAAGAAUAUAAAGCUAUGGUACUGCAGAAGACAGGCGGUCUGUUUGGGUUAGCAGUAGGUCUCAUGCAGUUGUUCUCUGAUUACAGAGAAGACUUAAAGCCACUGCUUAACACACUUGGGCUCUUUUUCCAAAUUAGAGAUGAUUAUGCCAAUCUGCACUCCAAAGAAUAUAGUGAAAACAAAAGCUUUUGUGAAGAUCUAACAGAGGGAAAGUUCUCGUUUCCUACUAUUCAUGCUAUUUGGUCAAGGCCCGAAAGCACCCAGGUGCAGAAUAUCUUACGCCAGAGAACAGAGAACAUAGAUAUUAAAAAAUACUGUGUACAUUACCUCAGGGAUGUAGGUUCUUUUGAAUAUACUAGGAAUACUCUUAAAGAGCUUGAAUCUAAAGCCUAUAAACAAAUUGAUGCAUGUGGUGGGAACCCUGAGCUAGUAGGUCUAGUGAAGCACUUAAGUAAGAUGUUCAAAGAAGAAAAUGAAUGAUGUUAAGAUGUUCUUGAUAGCUUAUUUUAGUUUUGUGGGUUUUUUUUUUUUUAUUAAUUUGGACCAAACUGUUAGUCUCUAAAAACUGAGUAAAUAGGGGUGAUGUGAGAUUGUUUCAAUUUAGAAACCCCUCUGUACAGAUAAUCAUCACAGUAGAAAAAGGAAUCUAAAGAAAUGUCAGAAAUUGCUGUGGCAGGACAUUGUGACCAGCUCUGCCCUCCUACCACGAAUGUUCUCUUGCUUCUGUCAAUAAAAAAGACUAGCCUCCAGGAA